GCGCGUGCUGCUGCUCUUUACAUCGCUUACGGGGAAGAGGCUCCACACAUCAUUAAGACAUUAGCUAGGUCUUUAUGUUCAUGAAGACUGUCCCGACCAUGCUUGACAGGAACCUAUUGUAAUCAAAUAUGGAAUUUCUUAAAUGUUUCUCUUUUUAUGCAAUUUCUUCACCUUUUUGUGAAUUAUUAUAGUUACAGUUAUCAUUUUCUUCCACAACACUGUAGAAACAUAUGGAAACAUAAGGAAAACAAAGACCAGACCUGACCUGUUUGAUGGAAAUCAUUUGAAAAUAUAGGUCUACCCUUUCCCCAAUUUUGGAUUAAAAAAGACAAAACCUACGAAGUUGGCAACUAAAUCAAAUUCACGUAGGCCAUAUUUCAUUGGCAGUAAUUACGCUUUGUCUGUGAAACGAUUGCAGGGGGAAUUAAUGUGUCCUGUAAAAUAAAUAAAAAACACGUACAAUUGUUUGAAGAAUUAUUGCUCCGGUUAUCACUCGAAAAUCACAUGGAAAUGGAGCGGAAACGAGCUGCGAUCAUUCUUGAAUAACCAACGGAGACACAAGCGGCAAGCGGAAGCAGCCAGCAUGUAAAAGAAUGCAAAGGGGGCGGAGUUCGCAGCUCCCUCACGGCUCAUUGCGAGAGGAGAUCGCUUUCUGUGCAGAAGACGCUCAAGUACUUGGCGCGAGAGCAGGCUACGACCUCGCCCCCAUGUCUUGAAUUACUGUCCUUUUGCAGGUUCCUAUCAAAAGAGCCCUGAGUUUCUGAUUGACAGUUCUAAAUGAUCUCUGCUUCCUGUGAGCACUUUUUGUGAGGUCCAGUCGUACAACUUAACACUUUGCCUUUGCCGGUUUUUUCUUCGCACGCUCGUCUUGGGGCUCUUUGGAUCAGCUUGGGAGACACACGCGGAGCCAGGCUGUGCGAAUCAGGGGGUUGCCCCGACUCUCGGGCGCUCAUGGAGGGAGACGUUAUGGACAAACUGGAGGACAUGGCUUCAGUCUGCGAGUUCGACCCAGUUUCGGGCAGCAUCCCUGCCACGAAAGUGGAGAUCACCGUGUCUUGCAGGAAUCUUUUGGACAAAGACACAUUCUCCAAAUCAGACCCAUUGUGUGUCUUGUACACCCAGGGAGUGGAAACCAAACAGUGGAGAGAGUUUGGAAGAACUGAGGUGAUUGACAACACCCUAAACCCGGACUUUGUCAGAAAGUACAUACUGGACUACUUCUUUGAGGAGAAACAGAAUCUUCGCUUUGACUUAUAUGAUGUCGAUUCCAAAAGCCCUGAUCUGUCAAAGCAUGACUUCCUGGGCCAGGUGUUCUGCACCCUGGGGGAGAUUGUGGGGUCCCCAGGGAGCCGUUUGGAGAAGCCGCUUGGUGGGAUUCCGGGGAAGAAAUGUGGCUCCAUCAUUCUGUCUGCUGAAGAGCUGGGGAACUGCAGGGAUAGUGCCACCAUGCAGUUCUGCGCCAACAAGUUGGACAAGAAGGACUUCUUCGGGAAGUCAGACCCGUUUAUGGUGUUUUACAGGAGCAACGAGGAUGGAACGUUCACUAUCUGCCAUAAGACAGAGGUGGUGAAGAACACACUGAACCCUGUGUGGCAGGCUUUCUCCAUCCCCGUCCGGGCGCUCUGCAACGGAGACUUCGACAGGACGAUCAAGGUGGAGGUGUAUGACUGGGACCGUGAUGGCAGCCAUGAUUUCAUCGGGGAGUUCACCACCAGCUACCGAGAGCUGGCACGGGGGCAGAGUCAGUUCAAUGUGUACGAGGUGGUGAAUCCUAAAAAGAAAAUGAAGAAAAAGAAGUAUGUCAAUUCUGGAACGGUGACUCUAUUGUCAUUUACUGUGGAAUCUGAAUAUACUUUCCUCGACUACAUCAAAGGAGGGACCCAGAUCCACUUCACAGUGGCUAUUGAUUUCACCGCCUCUAACGGUAAUCCAUCCCAGUCCACGUCGCUGCACUAUAUGAACCCGUACCAGAUGAACGCCUAUGCCAUGGCGCUGAAGGCAGUGGGCGAGAUCAUCCAGGACUACGACAGCGACAAGAUGUUCCCCGCGCUCGGCUUUGGUGCAAAGCUACCGCCCGACGGGCGUGUUUCACACGAAUUCCCCCUGAAUGGCAAUAUUGAAAACCCGUACUGCAAUGGGAUGGAGGGGAUUCUCGAGGCCUACCACCAGAGCCUGAAGACCGUUCAGCUUUACGGCCCGACCAAUUUCGCCCCAGUCGUCAAUCACGUGGCCAGGUACGCGGCUGCUGUGCAGGACGGCUCACAAUACUUCGUCCUCCUCAUCAUCACCGAUGGAGUCAUAUCAGACAUGGCCCAGACCAAGGAGGCCAUCGUGAAUGCAGCUAAGCUUCCGAUGUCGAUCAUCAUUGUUGGAGUUGGCCAGGCUGAGUUUGAUGCCAUGGUGGAGCUGGAUGGCGAUGAUGUGAGGAUCUCCUCUCGAGGGAAGCUGGCGGAGCGCGACAUCGUCCAGUUUGUUCCAUUUCGGGAUUACAUGGACCGGACAGGUAACCACGUGCUGAGCAUGGCCCGACUGGCCAAGGAUGUCCUUGCUGAGAUUCCGGAUCAGUUCAUCUCCUACAUGAAGUCACGCGGCAUCAAGCCCAACCCAGCCCCACCCCCCUACACACCCCCAGGACACACCAUGCACACACAGAUUUAAGCCCACCUAUCGGGACUGGCAAUAGGGAGGUCCCAGGGCUGCAAUGGGGGGUGGAAACUACUUUUGAACUUACUGCAGAAUUUGAAAACAAGUUCCUGCCUUCUUGAACUCUGGCCUGACCUAAACAUCCAAAGGCACGGUUUUCUGUUUCUAACAAUCAUUUUGUUUUUCUCGGUUGAAAGAAACAAAAAAGAGGUUUGAUGUGCAGCUGAGAGAUGCCAGGACCGUGGAGAGGUUCCUUUAGUAUUCUUUCCUGGGUGAAGUGCAUGCAGAGAAGAGGAACACCAGAACGGAAUGAAAAAGAAGAAUGGUAUUAGCGAUUUAGAGUUGUGGCGUCUGUGGUCGUCUAAAUGUCCUGGGUGGCGCAUCCCUGCUUGACUCCUCCAAGCAGAUUCAUUGUAUUAGAGCGUGUGCGUUUGGGUGAUGUUUCUAGAUAACUUUCUGAAUGGUAAUUUAUGAAGCGUCCACAUUAUGACUUUACAAAUUUAUAAACUAUUUAUUAUGGGGGUGGGGGAAGUGCAGGUCUGUUUUUCAUCAUAGCUUUUGGUCUUUGCUCUUUCUUUUUUGUCAGUGAGCUAUCUUUAUUUCCAUAUAUAACAUGGAUAUAACAGCAUGAGGGUGUGGGUAGAAUCGAAAUUCCUACUUUUGUAUACAGUACAUAUUUGCCUUUGUCUUUAGAUUCCAUGGACAAAAGGCGAAGUCCACAGCACAGGGAAUUGUUCUGGUGGAAACCAGCUGUGAAUAUUUUUACUGUCCACCUCAGUGAAUUUUGCCCUUUUGAAGAUGACUUAAAAGAACACACUGACUGAGAUGAGAAGCACAAACCUAACCUUACAUGCAUUAUAAUGGGAAUAUUCCAAACCAGCAGCUGGCACAAUGAUGAUUUAGAUUAAUGAUAGUGUGUAUCCAUCUUUGCAAGCUGAGGUACAAUUGUAGAAGCAUGGAAAUUAGUUGUGCUGUUUUUCCUUUUAGUCCAUUGAGGGCAAGCCUUGUAGUGGCCCAACCCCUCCAUUUGAAAGCAUGAAAAGCUCUGCCACAUUUUGGACCCACAAUACCUGCAUUGCUGGACAGAGAACCAGGCUUGUGCCCUGUGGGCAGUCCUUUCCCCAGCCUUUAGCACAAACAGGAGAUGCCAUAAGUUGUGUUAGCUUUCAUGCUGGGGAAUGGCUAGCCUGAGUGGCUAAGUAAUUACAUAAAGCUAAGAGGCCAAACUAGGCUAAGACGCCAGGCAAACCAAAAUAGCCAGGCUGAGCUGGGUAGCUGCACUGGGCUACGUGGCCAUGCAAAUUGCUCUGCCACGCUUUUAUGGGUUUUAUCCUGAGAACAUUAGACGUGUGUCUGUUCUGCUUUGUGGCUACCACUUUUCCAUUUCACAAAUGAAAUGAAUCCAAAUUAAUUUUGAUGUCCUCUUUCUGAGAUAUACCAAACCAGUUUACAUGGGGCUCGACAAUGACAACAUUGUAGGGGAACCAAAAUUGGCUUCAUCUAAUACUGACCACACUUCAUUUAAAAAUGCCCCCUCCCCAUCUCACUUUCUGAUAGAAACCUCACUACUUGCUGCUCUGUAUUUUCAUAUUUAAGAAAAUCUGGGAGUUUUAACUAAAGGUGUUCUGUGUUAGAGAAUGCAGACUAUAUCGACUCUCUUUUAUUUGUUUGUUUAUCACACCCAUCAGACAUUGAUAAAUUCCCCACGGAGUGUGGACGUUUUUAACAAUAUUUUGAACAGAAUUCUUCUUUUGUAUGAUUGUUACAAUCUGGUGAAUAACGUUUCAUGAACAAUUCAAAUGGACUUUCAAUAGCGUCUUAGUUGAAAUAGUUGGCCCACAUCUGGUUUGGAAUCGUAGUGGCUGGAAUAGUUAGUCAGAAGACGAUUGGAAGAGAAAAAAAUUGCAGUGUCCUUCAACUAGUCCCAUUGUUGCUGAAGCUGUGAAAAUUUAACUGACUUAAACUUCUUGCUGUUCCUUGGGGGCUUGAUUUAAACUGCAUUACCAAGCAUGUUUGUCUGUACAGCCCCCCCCCCCCCCCCUCCCCAAAGAGAAAC